CUACUGGACUCUGUUGUCUUCUGCAGUUGACUGUGUUGACCUCUGACCUACACCAUGAGCUCCAGGGUGUGCAGGACCUGUGGGGGGUCGGAUAUAGACGUGGAUCAGGCCCGAGGCAGUGCAGUGUGUACCAGCUGUGGUUCUGUUCUCGAGGACAACAUCAUCGUCUCUGAGGUUCAGUUUGUGGAGGGUAGCGGAGGAGUUUCUUCUGCUGUGGGACAGUUUGUGUCUGCUGACGGUCCAGUUAAAGCUCCUCUUCUUGGUUCUGGUUUUCACACCAGUGUUGGGAAAGAGUCCAGAGCCCAGACCCUGCAGGGCGGUAAGCGUCAGAUCCAGCAGCUCGGCAGUCAGCUGCAGUUAAACCAGCACUGUUUGGACACGGCCUUCAACUUCUUCAAGAUGGUGGUCAGUAAACACCUAACGAGAGGACGUAAGACGGAGCAUGUGAUCGCCGCCUGCCUCUACCUGGUGUGUCGCACCGAAGGGACGCCACACAUGUUACUGGACCUGAGUGACCUGCUGCAGGUGAAUGUUUACAUCCUGGGAAAAACCUUCCUGCUGCUGGCUCGAGAGCUCUGCAUCAACGCGCCCGCCAUCGGUGAGAACUUUAUCUACCAUAAAACUUUAUUUAAACGAGUAGGCUCGUUGGAUUUGAACUGUACCUCACCUGGAAAGCGGACAAGAUCAUGCGGCGGCAGCAGCAGGAGGUGACAGAGCUGCAGCAGUUCAUUUUACGCAUUAUCCAACAAAGAAAAGAAAACAAAAACAGUUUAUUUAAUUCAAUUAAAUUUUAUUUGUAUAGUGCCAAAUCAAAA